GUAAUCAGAUUUAAUAUUGAACUUACUAUAAAAUAUAUCAUAUCGAUUGUUAAGUCCAAUAAUAGGUUAUUUUACAAACAUCUAUAGACAUUACAUGAAUUGCAAAAUAUCUUAUGAAAUUAAAAGUUUUAUUUGCUAUCAAAGAUAGACGCUUACAGUGGCUGGAUGUUCCAUUCUAAAAACAAUAAGAUGGCGCGACAUCCUAGUUAUAUGUAUCAUAUACAUAUUAUGAUCCCCUCCUUUAACCUUGGCAUUUGUUUCUUAUAUUUUUUAUUUUUACAUCCGUUGAAUGUGAGCGAAAACGUGCAUAGCACGUGAUAUUUAAUCUGUAUAUGCAUGUACACCAUUUCUGUAUAUUAUGUACGCAACGCUCUAGCGCGCACGCGCGGAAUUGAAGUACAAUGCGCUUGGCAAGUUCUUUUUUAUGUAUGCAACCAGUAAUGACAAUAAUAAUUGUGCUUUAGUUGGUAAAUUCUAUUGAGAGAUGAAUUGUAUAACGUCACGGCGGUGAUUAAAUUAAAAAUAUGUAUUGCAAAUUAGCAAGAUGUUUUUGUAGGACAGAUGCAGUGAGAGCUUUAAGUAUGGGUGAAGUAUCCACUGCACUUAGACCUUUUUAUUUUACUGUUCAUCCUGACCUUUUUGGGCAGUAUCCCACACAAAGGACUGUAAAUGAAAAUUCUUUGAAACAGCUAAGCUCGAUUUUAGAAACUCUUCAGCAACAAAGACCUAUAAGACCUACUAUAUUACCAUUUUACUUACGUUCAAAAGAUGAAAAAGAUCUGAAGGCUGGGAAAUUUACAUUAGUUAAAAUACAACUUAAUGAAAAAGAUUUAAGGAAAACAAUUCGUUCUAUCCUACAGACAUGUGAUUUGCCUACAACAUUUGUGGAUAAAAUAGAAGAGAAAUCAUCGAAUACACAGUUUCAGUCAUCAUAUAACUCAAAAUAUUGGCAAAGCAAAUAUAGUUCAGGAGAAAAGUUAGAUUUUUCUGAAUUAGAAAAUGAUCCUAUUUACGCUUCGAUCAUUAUGAAAAGAAAAUUAAAUAUUGAACCAGAUACACUGAAAGCAUAUCUUGAAAAACACAUAAAUGAAGUACAUGUAAAGUUAGAAGCAUGUAAAUCAGUAAGAGAAGAGGUGAAAAAAUUGGUUAAAGCAUUGUGUUUGGACUUAGGUCUAAAAAAUAUUAUAUGGGAUUGUGGUUGGAAUAUUGCUCAUUAUAGAGGUUGUUUAUUAGCUUUUCAAGCAUUAGCAGAACAUCAUCCAGAACCAAUGGAAAUUUUGAAAGACAGGACAUUAAUAUUUGCCAAUGACACUGGAAUAAAUUUAGAAGGAAGUGUGAUGCUAAGCUCUGGCGAAGUGAGGCAUAAUUGGCUUGAUCUGAUCAAAAAUGUACAGAAGUAUGAUACUAUAUUGCAAAGAUUGCCAGCUUUUGAAAAGGCGAUAUCCACGGUCCUUCUUGAUAUUAAAGUGGGAAGACGGGUACUCUAUAUGUGCAGGAAAUUCAUGCCUAAAGUAAUGGCUGGUCAGUAUGAACGUCAACUACGACAACUUACGACUACACUAUCCGAUUAUCGAGGAAAGAGACAUUAUCCAGAUGUUUGGCCAACAGAUUUGUCUGCAUAUGAGAUAGUAAUAGAAGCUGAAGCUGGUCCUUUAAUGCUUUCUCCAACUGGACAGUUUAUUGUACCAUCCUCUUGUCCAAGUCUUUUGCUGGUCAGUUUUAUUACAGAAAAUUUAAGCGAAGCUACCAAGAGAUUGCAUCAUUAUAACAAUAUAAAACAUGUAGAACGAGAACUUCAUCAAAAGGUUAUCAAAGAGUUAGGCUUGAUUAGUCUUAAUAAAGAUGAUAGCAUUACACCAGAUUUGAUGAUACAAUGCUGUGAACGAUUGCUCAUGCACAAAAAACCAUUAGCUCCCUUAUUGGACGGUAUAAUGCUUUGGGUAACGCAUUAUUACUCUGUUAUGAGCGAUGGUGUAUUAUGUAUACCAUGGGAUUGGAAGCUUUAGUUUAAUGUAAAUUAGGAUAAAAAAUAAUGUCAAUUUAUACAAAUGUAUCUGUUGAUUACAAUCUAAUCUAUAUUAGGCUUAAUUGAUUAAAAAGAUCUGUAUAUAUAUUACAAUUAUUUAAGUAAGAAUGCCUGUAUGAGCGUGUAUCUCUUUUCUUUAGUAACUGCAAUUGGAUUUUUUUCUAUAAACUUUAUGUAAAAUUAAUAGUACAAUAUAAAGAUGAUAAAUAAAGCUUUAUGUUUAAUAA